AUGGAGAAUUCCGGCAUGCCGAACGCCUACCACCCGGCCGGCUCUGGCACCCAGCGUGUCCCGCAGCCUUUCCAGCCACCCAACGGCUACGCCAACCUUGGUCAACUUUCCGUGCCUCCCUUCACUCCGGGCCCUGACCCGUCACCCAGGGUCAUUCCGGCUUCGUUGCUGCAUGGCCCGUACGCUGCUGGCUACUACACGUACACCCCCGGUCCCCAGCCUCAGUACCAGUACCAUCCGGCGUACAACCAUACCUAUCCGCGCCAGCACAACUACGUCUACCCUCAGCCCCCGACAACCUUCAUGCCCCCGUACCAGAACAUGCUCUACGGUACGAGCGGAUCCCCUCCUUGCACUCAGGCCGCUCCGCUCGGCGCCAGUUGCACUGCUGAAGACAAGACACCCGCGCCCCGACUCGGCAUGAGCAGUCCCAUGCUCAAGCGUGACCAUAUCCAAAAGAGUACCCGGAUUGACAACCCUAACCACGCCAAUCUUAGUAACUCCCGAUUGUUCGAUGGGAGCCGUAACCCUGAGGACGCCGCCGAUCAUGUCAAGAAGGAUCCGUUGAAGCAGCCCAAGGCCACGUUCAAGGAGGCACUCAAGUCGAAUGACGUGAUUUUGAAGAGGGCCGACAAGCUAUUCAAAGACAACGUCCCCUCCAAGGUCACUGGAAGGCCCUUCAACCUCCCACGUGCCCCGACUUUUGAUGAGUUCGAGAAGGCGAGGGUCAAGUGUGACAAGAAAUUGGACCUUCUCAACGAGAGAUUGAAGAAGGUUAGGCUUAACACGACGACGGGCGUCGCACCGGGCAAGCACACUCCAGUCAAAACCGCUUUGCCUACGAGCGCACCCAAGAAUCUUGCGCCCAAGGAACAUACGAGUGAGGCGAACAAUCCCAACCUCACCGCGACCUACGAGAAAGAUGCAGGCACACCGAAGCCCCUCUUCCAACCCGUCGUCACCGCUCCCGGCAUGAGCACCCACGCCGAUCUCUACCGCGCCAUGCUCACGCCGCCGCGCACGCGCGCCUGCGCCCCCAAAUCCGCGUCCCACCUCCUCCGCAAGGAAGAGGAGCUCAACUUCGGCGCUUACGAGGCCGCGUCGUGCGGCCAGCGGGCCGGCAGCUCCCCGGACAGCUCGAGCUGUGCGGGAAUCGCCACGCCCAAGGAGCCGCUGGUGUUCGAGCUCGAGGACGCCUUCUUCGACAUGCUCGGCGACUUGAACUGGUGGCAUACGGUCUGGGUCAGGGGUUCUCUGACGCAACGUGCUGCCAUGAGGGCGAAGAUGGAGGAGAUUGUGCAGAUUGGGACCAGAAUCUAUGAAGCCCGCGACUAG